AUGACAAAAUAUGAGCUGAAGAUGCAGUACUUUGACGAAUGGAUGAUUCGCUGGCGCAAGUUCCAAACCGAAUCGGAUUGGGAAAUUGAAAAGGGCCGUCAGUGGUGGCGCCGAUUCAACAUGGCAGUAUCCGGUGCAUUGUUUUGUGGUCUUGUGCUUUACACAUCGGGAACAGCGACGCUGAAACGGCAGUACGGCCUCCCACACUUCUUCGAUAUCGGAGUGGACGGUCAAGCAAAGGAAACAAUGCUGAAAACUCUCACCUCCCGCUGGCGUUACACACCACAGGGUUAUGGCCGAGUGCUGAUUACCGGCGUACCGACGUAUAUCCUCUUCGUGUCUUUGGAACAUUACCGCGAGCGACGCCGCAUGCAGCAAUACUUGCAGCAGAACACGGUUUUUGGUGAGCAGAUGCGGCGGUUGCUCAGUACUGGAAAGAUUGAGGAGUACCUUCCAGUUAACAUCAAAGCCACUUUACCAGCUUCUCAGCAGGCCAUCUACAAUUAUUAG